AUAGUAACUUGACGCAGCCUUUUCACUUCAGCGCAUAACACAUCUGUUGAAUAUGUGUCUCGGCCGGCGGAGGAAGAGGUAGUUUCAGCAGCGGACGCUGAAAAAAACGAGGAACAAGGAAGGACCCAGUGUGCAUCACUCAACUGACAGUUAUGGCGACCAUUGUGAUGGAGAGAAUUGGGCGAGUGUUCAUCAGCCUGCAGCAGAUCAGGGAGGUUCCUCAGAUGCUGACUGAUGCUGCCCCCUCCAUGCCCGGCACUGUAACCGACACAGAGGUUCCCUACUACUUCAGGGAGCGCUACGUCUGUACCGGCUACCGGCCACUCUACCAAGACUGGCGCUAUUACUUCCUGUCUUUAUUCCAGCGCCACAAUGAGACAAUCAACAUCUGGACACAUCUGCUGGCUGUUUUAGUUAUUCUGGUUAGAUUACGGCAACUUGCUGAGACUGUGGACUUUGUUGGUGAUCCUCAUUCAUGGCCCCUGUUGAUCCUCAUCCUGUCUUCCUUGACCUACUCGGCAUUCAGUGCAGCAGCUCACCUACUGGGUGGAAAGUCUGAGUUGUGUCAUUACAUCUUCUUCUUUCUGGACUAUGUUGGGGUAGCCCAGUAUCAGUAUGGCAGUGCUGUAGUUCACUUUUACUAUGCUGUGGAUGAGAGCUUGCACAGACACGUGCAUGGGAUCUUCAUGCCCGCUGCCGCUGCCCUCAGCUGUCUCUCUUGUCUGGGAUGCUGCUAUGGCAAGUACUUCAACCACAGCUUACCGCCAUGGGUGCGUAAGGUGUGCCAGGUGGUGCCCUCGGCGCUUGCUUAUAUCUGGGACAGCAGUCCUGUGGCUAAAAGACUCCUGUCAUGGUCUCUAGCCAGCAAUGACCCAGCCAUUAUCUAUCACUUUGGCCAGGUGGCUUUCUUUCUUAGCUGCAGUUUCUUCUUUACUUUCCCUCUGCUAGAGCGCUGCUUCCCUGGGCGGUGUGAUUUUGUAGGACAGAGUCAUCAGAUCUUCCAUGUACUCUUAUCUUGCUGCACCUUGUGUCAGAUCCAUGCCUCACACCUUGACUACCUGGGCCGUAGGAAGCUGUACUCACGUCUGCAUAAGAGCGGUGAGGCUGCUCACUUUGUGGGACUGUACAUGGUCACUUUGGUCGGUUGUGCGCUAGUUGUUGCCUUCAUGCUGAAGAAAGCUAAACAAGUGCUUGAUUUCAAAGCCAAAUCCAAAUGAUAGAUUAGAUCUUGUAGAAACUAUAUAGAAAACCAUUUGUGACUUUCCUUUUAACUUUGAUAGAAAGGGAACUCAUUUACUGUACAUGCUACUGGCUUGUAUUAUGUCAAUAGUUGUUGACAACUUGAAGAUUUCAUAACUCUGGCAGUAUAACAUAGGGUUACAUAAUGAUAUUAGGAGUUAGUAUUUUGGUACUGAUUUGUAUUAUAAUUUGUUUAAUAAUUCACAGUAACUUUCAUGUAAUCAAAAUCAGAUUCUUAACAUCACUGCCUACAGUAUAUGGCCAUUUAUAAAAUCCCUGCUGUAACUGAUAAAAAUACAUGACAUGGAGAGGGAUUUGUUAAAUUAUCCGGUUGUAGUAUGGUUUAAUUUUUGAUACUACGAUACAGGGAUAUGUGGAAUAGCACUUAAAAUGUACUGAUAUUAACAUAAUGUAUUUUGAAACUCAAUGUUUUGUUAAUGCUAUAGGGCAUAUUUCAUAGAAACUAAUGGAUUUAUUUUUAAUAGUAUAAAAAAAACCUCUAGUAAUGGCGAUACUCUGAUCACUGCUUGUGGCAACAUUUUUCCUACGCAAAAGCUACUUCAUAAUUGAAGUAAAGGCAUUAUAAUCUAGUAACUUUAAAAAAGAUUACCAUUUUACAGUGUAAUCAUUUUACUACAUGCAGGGCCAUUGGCAUUGUGCCUUGAGAGUCAGUUGCUGCACAUUUUAUGUACAAUUUAGCAAACAGUUGGUGCUGAAAGAGUAUUACCUUGUGAUUGUUACUGUUCUCAAACCCUAAAUGCCAUCAGAUUUGGAGGUUUUUCAGAAACAAAAGCUUUAGGAUUUUCAUGCCUUAAUGCCAUAACUGCCAUGACUGUAAAAUAGUAGACACGGAUCGCCAUUUUGAAGCCUCGAGUUUGGCAACACAGACGUCUGCAUCUUGGUUGGUUGCAUCUAG